GAAGUGUGUGUGUGUGUGUGUGUGCACACAAGACAAACGACAACAUGCAGCGGCAGCGGCAGCGGCAAGUUAGUCAACGGGGGAUGGCAGAGGAGGAGGACGAUGCAGGGAAGGUGGUUCUGAAUACGCACCGUCAGCGAUGGCUGCAAGAAGCGUCGCGGCCUGCAUGUCGCUUUGAUCUGCUGGCUAUUCUCUUCUGCGAGUUUCAUCCCCAGCUGGGCCCAAUCAUCUUGACACAGGCCCCAGAAAAUUUCAUUUCGAAGGAGGCCUUCAAGCCUCUGGAAAAAUACAUCAUCACCAAGCCCGAGUUUGCUUUCCACACACUCUGCAUCGACGCCAUGGGCUACCGCUUUCUAAACUGCCCAGUUGAUAUCCCGGGCGAGCAGUACGAGCGCAACCACUUGUUGUUCAACAUGGUUCUGGUUCUUCGCGACAACUGUGCCCCAGAGCCUUUUGAGCGCUUGGCCACCAAGCUGGCCAAAUUUAUGGAGCAGGCUGAGGUUGAGACGGGCUACUUACAAAAGCCCAAUCGCAAAGAUCUUCUUUUUGGUGUCCUGUCUGAAAUGUUGGAGCAACUGCAACAGCGUGGCCAGUGCGCCGUCAAACUCAGCACCUCGUUGGUGAUUCGCUUGCGCGUGCUACUUCCCCCGCCCCCCAUUGCACCGCUCAAGCCCUACAUCACGCCCGUCGUCAUCGCCCCAGGUGCUCUUGUGCUGUCCACCGCACGAGUCCCUCAGGCAACAACCACGGGCAUGAAAAUUGCUUCCAAGGCUGACAUGGACAUGAGUUUGGUUCAGGCAGCGUUACAAUACCUGGCUCACUGCGGUGCCAUUGUCAUGGUAGAAGCGAUUCAGUUUUGCAGUGUCUAUGUAGUGACGCCGGAUGUGGUCCGGCUGCGCAACGAUCCCGUUUUGCAAGAGAAUUGCCUCAACUUCAUCUCCGUUGCUGGGUGUGCUCGGCCUUCUCUUGCCACCGUCAUGGAGCUCUAUUGUGACUUGAUUGUGGAGGAGCCAGUCCUGACCUUGAAGAGCUGGUUUGAACGCCACGUGGAAAAGCUGGCUGACAUUGACAUCCGACGCUUUAUCCAAUUUGGGCGCAUCGCCAACUUUUUGCGGCAGAUCAAAGGCUAUCCCUACCGUGACCCCACAGCCAGUCUUGAUGCUGACUCUGACGUGGAUCUCCCGACCAUUGUUUCGCUAUUGGAUGGCCAUCACAGUGCCGAUGAGAUUUGUUGUAUCAAAGGCAUCAGCGCCGCCCGAUUGGAUGAGAUACUGCAGUCUGAUCCUUACACCUUUGUGUUUCAUCGUUAA